AUGCAGUUUGAAUUUUAACAGGUACAGAACUUUUUCCAUCUUUUGGCUUAAUUCUCAUUGUUACUCCAUCUGAUUUUUUCUGGCAUGACAUAGUUUCUGACGAAGAUUCAUAGUUUCUCGGCGAAAACGAUCUAAAUCCGAACAGAGUUGUUGAUACUCUUGCAAAGAUACUAAAUUAGAUAAAUAGAAAAAAGAAAAAGAGAUAAUGUCAUCACAGGCAUUAUUAGACAAUCUGCUAGAGACGCCAUUUAAACAUAAAUCUGAAAUACGAGAUGAAUUGAUAGCAGACUUGAGAAAAGUAAUUGCCAACGGUGAAUAUUUACAACAAUCUGAAAUUCAGGAAAAGGUCGAUGUUCUUUGUAAAUGGAUGUGUACAACACCAAAGAAGAGUAUUUAUCGAUUAGAUCGUUUUACAGAUCACUGUACAUAUGAUUUGGACAGUUUGUAUGAAGCGUUAAAGCAGGAUGACAAGCCAGAUCCAUCUAUUCACUUUUUAUCAGAUCUUCCAAAUGGAAUAAUUGCGGUUGACAGUUGGGAUUUAUCAGUGUCUCUCGAUUUAAAGAGAUAUUCCAAUGAAAUUAUUGUUGACGCUGCAUGUGGUGCAGCUGUACUAAGAGGAGCUCAUGUUUAUGCUCCUGGUAUUAUCGGAAUGCCAAAUGGUUUAACUAUUAAUACUAAAAUCAGUGUAUUCGCUGAUGUUACUGGUCAAUGUAAAAAAGGUUUGAUUAAAUCAUAUGCAGAUAGCAAUAAGAUAUAUUUGGGUAAUGGCAUUCUUCAACAAACGAGAAAAGAAAUAUUUGGUAAAACAGCAAAAAACCCAUGUGGUAUUGCAAUAAUCAUGACUGAUGUAAUCUCACGAAUUCCACAAUUGAAUGCAAAUAAUGAAUCUUUGAAAUUACAUGCACUGUUACAAAAUUUGCCAUCCAUCAUAUGUAGCUUAGUUUUAAAUCCCCAACCAGAUGAAAUAAUUUUGGACAUGUGUGCUGCACCUGGUAACAAAACCACGCAUAUUUCCUUGCUUAUGAAAGGACAGGGUAUAAUAAUAGCUUUGGAGAAAAAUCCAGGUAAAGUGGCACGAUUUAAGAAAAAAUGUAGUGAUAAAAAUAUUAAAAUAUUUUGUUACGAUGCUACAAAGGCUGUCAUUGAACGAGAACACAAUUUUGUCCGUAACGACGGACCUCCAUUCGAAGAAAAUUAUUUUGACCGUAUUCUCUUGGAUACUCCAUGCAGCGCGUUAGGUCAAAGACCGCAAUUGUACAAUACAAUCACAUUAGCCCAUCUUCGUUCUUACGUUCCUUUGCAACGAAAUCUUUUUUCUACCGCCGUUCGCCUUUUGAAACCAAACGGGACAUUGGUAUAUAGUACAUGCACUAUUACAAUAGCAGAGAACGAGGGAAUUAUCGCUUGGGCAUUGAAACAAUUUCCAAAGUUGAAAUUAGAAUCCAUUAACGAUCAAAUAAAAACAGAUAAAUAUGGCACUCAAGGAUAUGUCAUAGAUGGUUUAACAAGUGAGAAUGCACAAAAAGUAUGUAGAUUCGGUCCUGAAAGUGAUUCUGUUGGAUUUUUUAUUGCGUGUCUGAAAAAAUGUUCCUGAGAUAAUAAAAUUUAUUGAAACUUUA